UUUUUUGACAAUGUACACCUUUUUAGGAGUUAAGCGUGAGAUUUAGGAAAUGCAAUCAGGUAUAUUUAGUUUCACUGUCAAGAUUAAAAUCAAACUUAGACACCACGUUUUAACAAAAUUAAAUGUCGGGUCAGCGAGUUCCAUUUUGACUUGAGUAGUAAAACUGAUGUUUUCUUUGCAGGAGCUUAGUUGACUAUAGUAGUAAAUGCAUAAAGAUGGCGUUGUUUUGUAAAAUGCGAUUUCCACUGUAAUUUUGUCUGAAUAUGAAUUAAAAUUGCAACAGUAACUCGUAAAUUAAGUCUUGUUGUAUCCCUUCGAUCCUAAGCUGGCCUUGCGGUUCACCAUGGGUUUGCAUGGCUUUCAACUGGUGUAGGCUAGUUGGGCCAUGCAGGCACAGCCAGGUCGACGCUAUCUUAACUCCGUCUCAGAUUUGUAUGGUGCUGAUGAAAUAGAAGUGUUGUGGGACGAAAUUCGCACGCUGGAGCCCUCAAGUUGUCGCCCCGAGGACCUGCAGAGAGGAAGUUAUAUUGGAACGUCAGGUGAGGACGGAGAUUUUGCAACCUGCUCUAGCCAUAUUAAAAAUGACUUAAGUGACGACGAAAUAUUCUUUGAAGCGGAGACAUCUUUGGAGGACUUCGAGAUUGCGGGCAGUCAGACCCACGUGGCCAGCGUGGCUGACUGUGAGUCGCCCGCGGUCACGGUCCGCUCGUGGGACUCUCAUGCUAACUAUCGGGUCCCAGGGUCCCACCCAGGCUCCAUUUUCCAUGGAGUCAUUCUCUACUGUGAUGAGACUCAUCUCAAGUCAUCAACAGGAGUUGUCCGAUUGCUAUUAGUGAUUUCCUCAGUAGCAUGUUUAGCAUGUCUGUGCUCAUCUGGGACAGUGAAACUAGGGCUCUUUAUGUUGCCCCUAGUUUCCCGUCUCCGCCUGAUGAUGUUUGUCACCAUAUUCAGUUUGCUGGUUACAAUAUUGCUCCUAUUUCUAGACAUUUCUCAUAUAAUAUAUCUUUUUCCAUUCAACUGGGGAAAGCUGAAUGCAUGGUUUUAUGUCAGUGUUAGUGCACUUUACCUCAUCAGCUCCUCACUCAUCUUGCAUCUGCUCAAUGAAUAUCAAGAAUCGUACUCCUGGAUUCCUAAGAAAACCCGGGACCAUCUCCUAGCAACUGGAAUCUUGGGCUACAUAUGCGCUGUUGAGGCCCUUGUACUAUCAGUGACAACAAGCUGUUGUCAAAGAGAUCAAUAUCGCCCUGUUGUUACUGAAGAUUCAAGUGAGAUGAAGGUCCGAGAUUCAGCACUGCAGCCACUUCGAUCUGACAGUCCACAACACCGCAUGACUCCUCCAAACAAGUUGGCGGUGCCAUCCUCGGCCUCCACUUCCUCUCGAGUGUCUCGGAUGCGCAAUUCUGCAUCUGCUCCUCUCUGGCCUCUUGAUGAUGGACAACCAGGAUCUUCGAAGCGUAAUGAUGGGUAUGCAUGACAGGUCACUGAAAUUCUCUUGUAAACUAGGCUUUUAUAGAUCUCAGAAUACCAAGGAGUAUUUGUCCAACCAAUUCUGCUUGCAGUUUGCGAUUCAUUUAAUUUCCCCAUAUUUUUGUAGGUGGGAACAAAAUUAAAACCUUAGAUUAUUGCUGGAAGUGCCUGUCACUUAUUUAUAAUCUCACUAGUCUUCAGGUUAUCACUCACAGAAAAUAUUUUCAUUGUUAAAGUAACGUAUCACGUGUAUGUAAGUCCACCUGCAGGGGCCGUUAGCAGUCCUCUGUGACAGGUAUCAUGUAUCAUUAUCCUACUUGACUUACCAGACAGAUUGAUAUAGUUCACCCGUAAAGUGUUCCAGUAUUUUUGUAUUGUAGCAAACAUAAAAAGUAAUUUUUAUGCCAAGCUUUCAAAAUUUGUGAUCAUUUCUGAUAAACUAUCUUUAGAUAGCAAAGGAGAAUGUGAAAAUGUCAGCCAAACCAGCUUUAACUUGUAGCAGGCAGAAGUAAUUCUUUUACAUUACAUUAUAUGUCCUUUUUAUUUUCUAGUCAGCCUGUGGCUAGUGAUUUGAACAUCAUUUGUUCAUCACGUUCAAGUAAUGAAUUCUAGAUUGCCUAAAUCAGGUUUUCUGACUGAUUCCUUUUUUAAUGUGAUAUUUUUUUUUAAUUGUACAAAGUUCAUUCCAUUUCUUUGACAUCAUCAUGAGGGGCUUUGAACCUCUUUUACUCUUCCAUUUUAACCUCAAGCAUGAUUUGUACAUGCUUACGCUUCCUAGCCCACAGUAUUUCUAUUAAUUUAUUUUUAUUUCAUUCCAUUUCCAUUGUGUUUUUAUACUUCCUAUUUAUUUACUUUAAUUUAGAUAAUCAUUUGUGAGGUUUUUCUAUCUGUGGAUUAUGUACUGUCUAUAUACUCAGGCUGCUUUUGUCUGCUCAUGUGUCACCUGGAAUCAACUUGUUGGAUAACAGUGUUGAUGAGGGAGGAAGCUGGAAUUUUGUGGUGGCUAUUAAACAUAUCGUGGCACUUCGCAGUUGCCACAUGCCGUCCUGGUUCAAAAUGGAAUGACAGGGUACGGUAUUCACACUGGGGUGGAAAUAGCUUUUGGUCAAUGCUUUCAAUUUGUAUGCUCUUCCAACUGCUCCUUUUUGUUUAUAUUACACUAGGAGAAAGUAUGUGAGAGUAGCCAGUCUCUUACUUAUCGUUCUAUGUACAACUGCUGAUCAUUUUGCAUUGUGGAUUAUUUUAAUCUUUGUUGUAAGAAGUUAUGAAAUUUGUUUGCUCUAUGAUGUCUUGGUUUUUGAAAAUGAAACGCUGGUAGACUUCUAAAGCCGCUUUUUUUAAUUUACUGUUUGCCUUGAGCUUUCUUCAGAAUUUAAGGCAAUAAUUAGGUAAAAAUUCUCUAUCCAUUAUCUGAGUGAUGUUUUGGCAGCUUGUCAUGCAUUUUUUCAUAAAUUUUGAUAUUUUGGGCACAGUGUUGUUCACUGUGAUCAUUUUAAUCCAAUUGUUUUCAUUUGCCUGUUAUGUCAUAUUGACCAUCACAAUCAUAAACUUGUGUGAAUGCUUAUAAAACUUGUUAGUUGUAAUUAAUGUAUGUUAUGUAGAGUAAAUAACAGCUAAGUCCAGAUGCAUGAUGUUCAGUUCAACUAAAACUAGGUUUGUGAUAUUACCUUAAAGUUGCCAUUUGAAAUAGGGGACAUUAUGGCCUUUGUCUUUUAUUUACUUUAGAUAACUGGCUUAGCAGAGUUUAUAUGCGUUGUAAUAUUAGAGGAAACGCUGCAUAAAUGAAGCUCUAUGCUUUGUGGGACUUUCAAGCAUCUCUUUGGAAUCUUGUCUCGGUUGAUCCCUGAAAGGGUAAAGUAACCGUUCUGUACAUACCCUCUAUACAUUUUAGUAAUUUAUCUGGUUUUCAUUGAAAAAAUCUCUCAGAAUGUUUUGCUUUAAUAAUAAAAAUUAUGCUGAAAUGUCAAUGCAUAGUUGGUGGUGUAUUUAGAUAGAUAAUACAACUUUUUGUUUAUGUAUCUUCAAAAGAAUUACUAAAGUAUAUUGUGAAUGGGUUGUUAAAAGAAACAGUAGAACUUCAGGGUGCAGUCUGAAGAAAUUUGAGGCCUGGGGUCAGAAAAUCUGCUCAUUACUGUCAUAAUUGCAUCCGGUUUAGCUCUCUUCUACAUAUUUUGCAUCAAAUUGCCGUUUGGUCAUAAUUUACUAGAGAUGAAAUGCAACUGUUAAGUCUUUGUAAGAAAUUAUAUUAUUUUUCCCUUUAACAAUUUUUCUUGCAUUCACUAUUUGGGGCCAAAGAGAUUGACCUUUCUAAUUAAAAAAAAAAAAAAAAAAAGCUUUUGAGCGCACUAGUCGAAUGCACAAAAGAUUGUUUAUUAGCCGCAUUGUAUUAAUCUUUGGAAUCAGUGCAUAUGAUGGUAUGGGAUGGAGCGUUUGUUUUUGUGAAUUGUGAAAUAUUUUCAAGUUUCUAGGGUGAUGAGAAGAGGCUCUCCAUUUCUUUAUUUGCUCAUUUUGAAAUACAGCAGCGCUAUUAUUACAUGGCUUUGGCUUUUCGCUGCCCUUUCAAACAACUCUUUUAUUAUUAUUAUUAUUAUUUUGAGGCCAAAGAAAUGAUUCUGACUGAUUUUCAUGCUUGCAUUGAUUUGUAGUGUUAAGAUGAUAGUCCUUUUUUAAGUUUAUCAGAAUCUCACCCUUUUUUGGAAUGACAUUUACCAUGGAGUAUCUGUACCGUUUCCAACUGUUUGUAUUAAGAUCGACUCAUACGAAAUAGUUACAAUUCUGUAUUGUAUUACAUGUUAAAUUGGAGGUGCUAUUGUAUUGAAUGUGAUGUUAUAAGUUGGAGACACAUUCUAGUCAUUUGGACCCUUGAGUCCUUUGUCAAAUGGAAUUUUCCAUUCUUUUUUAUUUUAUAGCAAAUCUCUUAAGAGUAUAUAGGUUUCAAAGACUCAAUUAUUGUUUCUUUGGGAAGGCUUCAAACUCUUGCUUCAUGCUGGUUAGACCAAAUCUUUAUUGUAUUUAAAGAAGUCCUUUUGUGUAUGCUGUUUUUCAUAUGUAUGAAAAUCAGAGUUUUGCAUUUUUUAAUGUUACCAAACAACCUUUAAAUAAUGUUCUUUUGAAACAAACACUUGCUGGUUUUUGCAAUAACACACCACUACUACAACUUUAAAUCAAUUUCUGUUUAAAAUUGUUUUAACUAGUGCUGAACUUUAAAUUCUUUUAUCAUCUCAAUCGUCCUUUUUUUUUUUACAAGAGAAAAACAACACAAAUGGUUGAUUUUCCUUAAAUUUUCUUCUCUCAAUAGCUUUAAAUCUGCUUCUUGUCACAUUUUGUGCAAAAUCUAGGUAUGUGAAGGUAUGAAGAAGUAUUGAUACUUCAAUAGGCAAUCAUACCUUUUAUUGUCAUAUUUUGAUAAUGUUUUAAAUUUUUCAAAGAAUAUCUACAAAAUUUUUCUAGGGCAAGAUUGGGUACUUCAGUAUUCCCUCUAAAUGUGGUAGUGUAUUUUGUUUAGAAAACCCAGUUGACUCAUUACUUGUACUUAUCAUAUUACAGAUGAACAUUUUCAGAAUUACAUUGUAUACUAGAAUGUACAUGUGUGUGUUUUACUGAGCUGAUAGGAUUUGGUGCUCACACUGUCAGCCAAUGUUUUUUUGGGUAUUGCAAUGUUGACAUGAAUUUUUACUAUUCUAGUCUCAAUGCAAGAAACUCUCUUAAAAUAUAUGUACUUGUGAGUCGCGACGAUUAAAUCAGAAAAGUGUA